CUGUGUGCUCUCUGUGCGUGUGCUGUAGGGGACUCGGUUCUGCUGAUGCGGCAGUAUUUUGCGAGGUUUGGAGACAAACCUUGCUGCUUCUCAGACCUACGCCCCUACCUGCACCUCAUCCCUCACCACGACGCACAGCAGUUCAUCGACGAUCUCAUGGCCACCGUCCCGCUCUCGCCCUGCACUGAGGCAUCGACAUCAUCAUCGACAUCAUCUUCGACAUCAACGACAUCAUCGACAUCAUCAUCAUCGACAUCAACGACAUCAUCGACAUCAACGACAUCAGCUGUUGCCCCCAGCGAAGGUGGCCGCCUGGAUACCCCUAACAAAGAUGGCCGCGUGGACACCCCUAACCAAGAUGGUCGCACGGGCACCCCCAACCAAGAUGGCCGCCUGGAUACCCCCUGCCACGAUGGCCGCCGGGACGUCACCCCCGGCCGAGAUGGCCGCACGGACGCCCCUGACGAAGAUGGCCGCACGGACGCCCCUGACCAACAUGGCCGCACGGACGCCCCUGACGAAGAUGGCCGCACGGACGCCCCUGACCAACAUGGCCGCACGGACACCCCUGACGAAGAUGGCCGCACGGACACCCCUGCUGCUGAUCCUACUGCUGACGGUGUCCCUGCCGCCACGCCCGCGAGCCACAGCAGCAGGAGGCCGCCGCUGCUGUUCCCAGGUGCCAUGGAGGCGCUCCAGAGGCACCAGUGCCUGGAGCAGCUGCGGCGAGCCCUUGGCCUGCACGCGGCGCCGGGGAGGGCGGAGAGGGCGAGGGAGAUGGUGCUGAGGUAUCGGCACGCGUUGAGAUUCGGUGAACGCUGCUUGAAGACUGAACUACAGCCGGCCGACCCGUACUGCCUCCUGGCAGCUCACCUGCUGCUGGACGCACAGCCACCCUGCACAGAGCCGUGGAGGGCUGUAGUUCUGCUAGAGGAGGGGCUGUCCCACAGCCCGUCAAGUGCCCAGCUGAAGCUUCUUCUGCUGCGGCUGUACGCGGCGGCUGGGGCGUUCACACCCUGUGCUGAACUCUACACAUCCCUGGACGCCAAGCACGUCCAGCAUGAGACCAUCGGGUGUGAACACACACACACAGACAGUCACACACACCUACACACACACACACACCACGGCUGGGGCGUUCACACCCUGUGCUGAACUCUACACAUCACUGGACGCCAAGCACGUCCAGCACGAGACCAUCGGGUGUGAACACACAGUCACACACACACCUACACACAGUCACACACCUACACACACACACACACCACGGCUGGGGCGUUCACACCCUGUGCUGAACUCUACACAUCACUGGACGCCAAGCACGUCCAGCACGAGACCAUCGGGUGUGAACACACAGUCACACACAGACACACAGUCACACACACAGUCACACAGUCACACACACUGGCUGGGGCGUUCACACCCUGUGCUGAACUCUACACAUCACUGGACGCCAAGCACGUCCAGCAUGAGACCAUCGGGUGUGAACACACACACACAGUCACACACACACACAGUCACACACACACACACACCUACACACCACGGCUGGGGCGUUCACACCCUGUGCUGAACUCUACACUUCCCUGGACGCCAAGCACGUCCAGCACGAGACCAUCGGGUGUGAACACACACACAGUCACACACACACCUACACACAGUCACACACACACACACACACCUACACACCACGGCUGGGGCGUUCACACCCUGUGCUGAACUCUACACAUCACUGGACGCCAAGCACGUCCAGCACGAGACCAUCGGGUGUGAACACACACACACCUACACACACACACCUACACACACACACACACACACCUACACACCACGGCUGGGGCGUUCACACCCUGUGCUGAACUCUACACUUCCCUGGACGCCAAACACGUCCAGCACGAGACCAUCGGGUGUGAACACACAGUCACACAGUGACACACACACCUACACACACCUACACACACACACACCUACACACCACGGCUGGGGCGUUCACACCCUGUGCUGAACUCUACACUUCCCUGGACGCCAAGCACGUCCAGCAUGAGACUAUCGGGUGUGAACACACAGUCACACACACACACAGUCACACACACACCUACACACACACACAGUCACACACAC